AAAGUUUUGUUUAUGUUCUUGGGGAUUUUCUAGUUGCGGUGUUGGCAGCAAAUGUCAGGUGGUUACGUACGCCUACUUUUAUCAACUAAAAAAUUGAAUUCAUAAAAAUAACCUCGAGGUUUAUUAAAACUUGUGAUAAAAAAACUUUCAAGAUGUUUGACGAAGUUUUAUUUGAACAACGCCUCAAAAGCUUUAACCCUGAUCCUUUAAUAACCCCAAUUGAGUCAAAAGAGGUCCCUCUGGAAAUCCCCAUGGUGAAAGAAGAUGAAAAUAAUGUUGAUUUAGCCAAAGUCAAUUAUUUGGAUCUUUUGAAUAACGAAGAAAUCAAGAAAGCUUCAGAGGACCUUAUCCGAGAGUAUGGGGUUGGUACAUGUGGCCCCCGUGCCUUCUAUGGCACCACUGACGUCCAUCUUGAUUUGGAGCAAUCCCUCGCUAAAUUCCUCCAAAUGGAAGAAUCAAUUGUUUAUUCGUACGGUUUUGUCGCAAUUUCCAGUUCCAUUGCUGCCUAUUGUAAGAAAAACGACGUGAUUUUCAUCGACGAACACGCAAAUUUUCCCAUACAUCAAGGCCUGACGGCUGCUCGUAGUCGCGUUGUUACCUUCACCCACAACGAUCCUGACGAUUUCCGGAAAAAAGUCCUCAGUGUUACCAACACGGAGAAGCGUAAAUCGCGCAAAUUCCUCAUCAUUGAAGGGGUUUCAUGGACGACGGGCAAACUGUGCCCCCUUCCGGCCUUCAUUCAAGUCGCUGAAGAGUUCAAAAUGCGCAUUUUCCUCGAAGAGAGCUACACUUUGGGGAUUUAUGGGGCCACUGGUCGUGGCUUAACCGAGUAUUACCGAAUCGAGCCGAGUAGAAUCGACAUGAUUAUUGGGACACUCGAGGGGGCGAUUGGGUCCAUUGGGGGGUUUUGCGCCGGUUCGAAUAUGACAAUCGAGCAUCAGAGGCUCUCUGGCUCUGGGUACAUCUUCUCGGCUUCGCUUCCCACAUAUCUGGUCAAGGUUGUACUAAAAUCCCUUGAUUUGAUUGGUGAUAAACCAAAGAAAUUUGCACGGUUAGCGGUCAAGUUUCAUCGGUUUUUGACCGAAGAGUGUGGGUUUGAUGUGUCGAGUCAUCCGGAAGCCCCCUUUAAACUCGUCACACUGACACCGAAAUCAAACGAAAAGAGAGUUCAUGAGUAUUGUAGGGGGAAAGGGGUGCAUUUUAUACACAACGAAAAUGGGUUGAUGCUCAAUUUGAGUUUGGGCUUGAUGGACGAUGAGGCCCGGCUAAGAAAGGUCUUUGAAGCCCUGAAGGGGGCUGCCGACUUAAUUUAAACUAAUUUAUUGCGUUUUUAAAGAUUAUAUGAUUGUUUUUA